UGCACUCUGCGCCAUAUUGGAGUGGGUUCGGAUCCUGUCAGAGAGGGAACGAGAGCCGAGCCGGACCGGGCCGCGGGGUUUCAGUGCACCGCUCCUUCCAACCACAAGCCCCUCCGACCUCCCGCCGCGUCCUCGUAACAAUAAACGGGGGGAGGAAAGAGAGAGAGGGGGAAAGAGAGAGGGGACGUGAGAGAGAGAGGAGAGAGACUGUCCCCACCCCCCCUCCCCGUCCAUCCGCGGACCGCCCGGCCCCGAACCGACCUCCCCUUCCCUACUGUCCUGUCCUCUCCCCGCCCCGCCGCUCCGAGCGGAUCCGCCAACCGGUCAUGAGUCCGGCCGACGCCAAGCGAGCAAAGCGGAGGAAAAACAAGCGGGGCGGCGGCAAGGCGGUGAGCCGCCAGCAGAAAGCCCUGACGCCGCCGAGCAGCAGUGGGAGCGGCGGCGGUGGAGCGGGAGGAGCAGGAGGCGGCGGUGGCGGAGCCAACGGCACCUUACACGGGGAGGUUUCCAUAAAUGGCACACAGCUGUCAGAUGGGUCGGUGGGGUCAGAGUUCACAGGAGUCCCUCAGACACCAUUCACUUUUGGUCUGGGUCAGAGGGCACCGUACUCAACUGGGGAACGAUGCCUCCUGUGUCGAAGUGAACGCAAAGACUCUUCACUCUCUGAGAGUGGGAUUACAAAUCCAAACAAAAUGGCACUUUCUACAUCUCCGAAAACAAACAGCAUAUUGCACCUUCCUCUGUGGGUGUGUCCGGACUGCAGGCGUACAGUUGAAAAGGAUGAUCGGCAAGUUUCUCUGGAACAAACUCUAGUGAAUCAAGACUUCCUAUUGCAUAUGCCAAUGGCUAACAAUGGAGCACCCCAGGACUCAAUAGGUGGAAGACUGGCUGUCGGAGCUCAGUCUGUACCUGGUACAGAUGUCAAUGCCCCUGCAGCUUCAGAAAUUGCUUGCAACUGUGAGGCAUGCAAUGAGCGAAGAGAAAUAUCAGCAGAGAAUGAACGGGAAUCUCAGCAGCUUCAGCAUUAUUGGUCGGAGGUACGUUAUAUGGUUCGAUGUAUCUAUCGGCAAGCUGGAACGCCGCUGGCUGAUGAUCAGGACCAGUCACUGGUUCCAGAUAAGGAGGGAAUGAAAGAAUUAGUAGACAGGUUAUGUGAGCGUGACCCCUACCAGCUAUACCAGCGUUUGGAGCAACAGGCUAGGGAGUAUGUUCUGGAAAUGAAGGUACGCUUGCUUCGACAUCUGUCAUUGGGAUCCAAGGUCACAACUGUGGUGCAGGGCCCACCACAGGCUCAUCAGUUCAUCUCACUCCUGUUGGAGGAAUACAGUGCACUCUGUCAAGCUGCUCGCACAAUCAGCACCUUCCUCAUCACGCUGGAAAGUGAACAUUUGAAGAAAUUCCAAGUGACAUGGGAACUUCAUAAUAAGCACCUAUUUGAAAACUUGGUGUUCUCUGAGUCACUUCUGCAAAGUAGCCUACCGUCACUAGUAGCACAACUUCGGCUGGGUACGGCAUCUCACGAUACGUACAGUGAGGACAUGUAUAGUACAUUACUACAACGAUACCUCCAGAUGGACCAGGAAAUGAGACGAGUUGCAGCAGAGUGGCUGGAAUGCCAAAAGCGAAUAGAUGAUUAUGUGGAUGAACAGAUUGCAAUGAAAACCAAGCAGCGAAUGUUAAAGGAUGACUGGGAGUUCUUCAAACAGCGCCGGUUUUUAGAGGAGCAGCUUACAAACAGCAAGAAAGCACUAACUGGAGAAAAUAAUUUCACAGAUACAAUGAGGCAUAUGUUGUCAUCAAGACUGAGCAUGCCUGAUUGUCCCAACUGCAACUACAGGCGCAGGUGUACCUGUGAUGACUGUAGCCUAUCACACAUCCUCACAUGUGGCAUCAUGGAUUCACCCAUUCCUGAUGACCUUUCAAUUAACACGUUACCAUUGCAAGUAGAAGCAGCUCCAGAUUACCUCACAGAAAUAUGUCCCCCCAGCAUGUCAUCUGCAAGCUCAGGAUCCGGUUCGAGUUCACCCAUCACCAUACAGCAACACCCUCGGCUCAUCCUUGCUGAUAGCAACUCAGCCCCCACCUUUGGCAGUGACGAUGAAGACGUGACCCCUUUAUCAGCCAAAUUUGCUGAUAUAUACCCACUUAACAGUUACGAUGAUGCAGAAGUGGUAGCCAACAUGAAUGGAAUCCAUGGAGAUCUCAAUGGUGGGGGUGAAAAUAUGGCAUUAAAAGAUGAGUCGCCUCAGGUUAGCAGCACCAGCAGUAGCUCAUCAGAAGUUGAUGAUGAAGAUGGUGAUGAUGGAGAAAGCAGCAGUGAACCCCCUGUGUCGCACACAGAAGAGAUGCCUGGAAAGAGGGCAGCUCGAAAGGAAGAAGUGAGGGACAGCCCACCACCGUCAUAUCCCAGUCAGCAGGCUGACCAGGUUCAGAAUGUUUGUGAAUGCCACGUCUGCAAGCAAGAAGCCUCUGGGCUGAACACGUCCGCUCUUGCACCCGGGCGCUUACCGAGUGGCCAUCAGUUUUUACCCACAGAGAAACCUUCACAUCCUGCUCUUCACCUUUACCCUCACAUACAUGGACAUUUACCACUGCACACCAUCCCUCAUCUGCCACGGCCUCUCCUCCAUCCUACUCUGUAUGCAACCACUCCUCCAUUCACGCACGCCAAGACUCUUCAGUCAGCCCCACCUCCCAAUCACACAAGCAAACAUCAGGUUUUCAGUGCAUCUCUCCAGGACCACAUCUAUCAGAGCUGUUUCGGCAGUACUGACUGGAACAACCCACUCCUCACGUCUCAUAAAUUGGCAAGCCUUUGGGGAUCAGAAUUAAUAAAUGGGGAAAAGCCAUGGAAUCCUGCUGCUUUCCUCCCAGAAACAUUAUCUGGUGAUAUGUUGCGGUCACCACUCCCAGAGAUCAGGCCUGAAGCAAUUCCCCCCACAACCAGCACAGACACUGUUGUCACAGAUACAAAGGAGAAAAAACCCGCAGCAAGGAAAAAAUGUCUCUACAGCCCCCCUGCUUCCAUGGAAACCAACAAAGUCAUCAUGGCAACGUCUUCAGCCACUUCCUCUGUCUCAUCUACAGCCACUACUGUGCAAUCUAGUUCCAAUCAGUUUAAGGUUUCUUCAAAAAGACCUACAUCAUUAGGUGAGGUGUUCCAUAAUUUAGGUAAAGAAGACCACAGACAUCCCACUCCAGUCGCACCUAGGAACAGCCCCACAGGUUUAACAUCUCUUCCAUCUCUCACCCCCACGCCGCUGUCCCCUGCCUCCACACCUCACAUGCCUAACCUUGUGACUUCACCUUUUCCAAAGACAGCUUCAACCGCCCCAGGUUUUAUCGACCCCCAUUCUGGGCUCUGUCCAACCUCAACUGCACCCCCUGCAGCUACUGCAGAAAGUUCAGUGAGUGCGUCAGCCAGUGUCUGCAGUGACCCUGACUGCGAAGGACAUGCAUGUGCAAGUGGCAAUGUGUACGAUCAUCAGCAGUUUGAUGGUGAAGAAAGUCAAGACGAAGACAGCUGCUCAGAACAUAGCUCCAGUACCUCAACAUCAACUAAUCAGAAGGAAGGAAAAUACUGUGACUGCUGCUACUGUGAAUUCUUUGGGCAUGGUGGGCCACCUGCUGCCCCAACGAGUAGAAACUAUGCAGAGAUGCGGGAGAAGCUCCGUUUACGGCUCACAAAGCGGAAAGAGGAGCAGCCAAAGAAAGCAGAUCCGAUCCUUGAGAAAGAGCAGAUAGUAGACCAUAGAAAAGUAGAAGAUCUAUUACAGUUUAUAAAUAGCACAGAGUCAAAACCGGUCAGCAGCUCGAGGGCAGCGAAACGAGCACGACACAAGCAACGAAAGCAGGAAGAGAAGGCGCGCCUUGAGGCCGAGGCCCGUGAGAGGGAGCAGCUACAGCUGCUGGAGGAGCAGAGACAGCGGGAGGAGGAAGAGGAGCGGCUAAAACAGGAGCUGCAGCGCCUCCAGGAACUUCAGCAAAUCCGGUCGGCCAAGAAAAAGAAAAAAGAAAGGACUAAAGAGUCCCAAAAGGGCGAAUGUUUUCUGCAAAACGCACGGCUAAAGGAAGCUGCUGUGGAUCUGGUGAACGAUAGUGGUAAAUGCCAGCACCAAGACCCCAUAGUGAAACCCGACAACCCCCCACCUGAGCAGGCAGACGGUAAGGAAGAGCAAAAGGCAGAGCCGGAUCCCAGUGCGCUGCAGCUGAUGCCAACGAAUGGAAAAGACCUUCGAGUGCCCCAAGCCCCACCUCAACGGGAGGCAAAGACCAAGCAGCCGGAUGUUAGCAUCAGCCCAGAACCCACACUCGUACACAAUGAAGUGAAUGGCAAGCAGAAGUUAAAACUGCCGGCAGUCAAACCAAGUACUGAGCGGCAGCCGAAACCGGCCGAGGGUCUAAGACCCUGCGAAGCCCACCAGAAAACAUUGGCCAAGUGCCAGCCUGAGCCGGGGGCACCCAAACCAAAGCUGCCCGAGUGCCAAAUGCUGCCAGAGCUGAGAAAGGAGGAGAAGAAAGGGGUGAACGGCAAUGGGAGGAAACUCAACCAUGUGAAGGAAGACCGCAUGCCAGCAGUGAGCGAGCCUGUGCCUUCCCCUGAUGAGCAGCAGCUGAACAAGGGUACUGCAGAAUCACCACAGCCCAAAGGCAAGGCCAAGAAAAACAAAAAGAAGAAGGGUGACAAGCUAAACAACUCCAUUGAUGAUGUAUUCCUACCUAAAGACAUCGAUUUGGACAGUGUGGAAAUGGAUGAAACCGAGCGAGAAGUAGAAUACUUUAAGAGGUUCUGCUUGGAUUCAGCCCGACAAAACAGACAGAGGCUCUCCAUCAACUGGUCCAACUUCAGUUUGAAGAAAACCACUUAUGCUGCUCACUAAUCGGAUGGCAAGUUUCCCUGAAGGAACCAACGUUUCGCUCCUCUGAAUAUUCUCACUUGGAUACACAGUACUCUGCUGCGCUGAGAGCUAACCAGGUGGUGGACCCUGGAACUGCCUUGCCUUCCCAUCCCCCACCACCACUGCCUGUCCCUACCAUCACCAUCUCCCCCACUGCUGUGUGAGAUUCUGCACUGGGAUAAGGUGCAGAGCACCUUGGUCCUUCUGACUUUGUUGCAGUGUAUGGAGAGAGAGUUGGCCAGCUGUUGAUCCACUUUCUCCAUACCUGUUUUUUUUUCCCGUUUGCUUGUGUGUUUGUAGUCUGUGAGUGGAACUUGCUCGACGGUAUCCGCAACCUGCCCGGGUUGAUGCUCAAACAGCGCCUCUGCUUCUCACGGCCCCAUGGUUCUGCUCGGGUGAAGAUCAAUCUGUUUGGUCUUUCCUUCGCAUCAACCCUGCUGUAACAUUUUAUUCACAUCUUGCAUUCAGCACUGUACAUACAGUCUGACUACUGAUAAGGGAAUGGACAACAUCAGUUUUUACUCUUCCUUGCUCCAGCGUUCCCCUCAGAUAAGAAGGUUUGAAUGAAGACACUGCUCAUACUGAACUGGGCAGUGGGAAACCCAGUCGCCUCCAGUACUCCUUCACAAACUCACUGUUUGAAGUGUACAAGGUUACGCUAUAUUGUGUUUGAUUUCUGACUUGUAGCCAGCUUGUGUAAGAAUACUUGCAGAAUGAAUUCAAAAGAACAAUGCUCACACUAUCGACCUGUUAUAGAGUGUAUAAUUGUAUUAACACUGAAGCCUGAACUGGCUACUUUUUUUAACAUAUUGUUAAGUAAUAUUAAAAAAAAUCAUGUCUUUCUUUUUGAAAGAUGGAAUACAGUAGUAUGGCAGAAAUGUGAAUGUCUGGUUUGCCUUUUUCUCAGAAGUCCACAUGCCUUUUAGGGUCUUGUGUUUCUUAACGCACAGGAGGAAGAUUGAUGAGAGGGUGUGGGUAAUAAGUUAGUAAAAUUUAUGGAACAACACACAAAAUGCUAGAAUAACUCAGCAGGUCAGACAGAAUCUGUGGAAAAGAAUAAAGUUAGAAACAUAGAAAAUAGGUGCGGGAGUAGGCCCUUCGAACCUGCACCGCCAUUCAGUAUGAUCAGGCUGAUCAACCAACUCAGAACCCUGUACCUGCUUUCUCUCCAUACCCCGAUCCCUUUAGCCACAAGGGCCAUAUCUAACUUCCUCUUAAAUAUAGCCAAUGAACCGGCCUCAACUGUUUCCUGUGGCACAGAAUUCCACAGAUUCACCACUCUCUGUGUGAAGAAGUUUUUCCUCAUCUCGGUCCUAAAAGGCUUUACCUUUAUCCUUAAACUGUGACCCCUCGUUCUGGACUUCCCCAACAUCGGAAACAAUCUUCCUGCAUCUAGCCUGUCCAAUCCCUUUAGAAUUUUAUACGUUUCAAUAAGAUCUCCCCUCAAUCUUCUAAAUUCCAGUGAGUAUAAGCCUAGACGAUCCAGUCUUUCUUCAUAUGAAAGUCCUGCCAUCCCAGGAAUCAAUCUGGUGAACCUUCUCUGUACUCCCUCUAUGGCAAGAAUGUCUUUCCUCAGAUUAGGGGACCAAAACUGCACACAAUAUUCUCGGUGCGGUCUCACCAAGGCCUUGUACAACUGCAGUAGAAUCUCCCUGCUCCUGUACUCAAAUUCUUUUGCUAUGAAUGCCAACAUACCAUUUGCCUUUUUCACCGCCUGCUGUACCUAUAUGCCCACCUUCAAUGACUGGUGUACAAUGACACCCAGGUCUCGUUGCAUCUCCCCUUUUCCUAAUCGGCCACCGUUCAGAUAAUAAUCUGUUUUCCUGUUCUUGCAACCAAAGUGGAUAACCUCACAUUUAUCCACAUUAAAUUGCAUUUGCCAUGAAUUUACCCACUCACCUAACCUAUCCAAGUCACCCUGCAUCCUCUUAGCAUCCUCCUCACAGCUAACACCGCCGCCCAGCUUCGUGUCAUCCACAAACUUGGAGAUGCUGCAUUUAAUUCCCUCGUCUAAAUCAUUAAUUUCAAGCUGAAAUCAUGGCUCUUGCACUAUGUCUACCUGCUGGUAAAGAACACUUGCUCUGUAACUGUUAACACUAUUUUCUGCAUCCUGAAUAAGGGUCUCUGCCUGAAAUGUCGACUCUUUAUUCCUUUCCAUUGAUGCUGCCUGACCUGCUCAGUUCCUCCAGCAUUUUGCAUAUAUUACUCUGGAUUUCCAGCAUUUGCAGAAAUCUCUUGUAUUUAAAAUUUGGAGAGCUUUGUUGAAGCAGAGAGAUUUGAGCAUUGAGUUUCAUAAACCUUAUAAGGUGGAGCUCCAAGUUGAUAAAAGGUGAGCAGCUUCAGAAUGUCUGAAGUACCUUGGAGCUGUGAAGUGUUUGGCAUCUGAAAUGUGUAGAAUUGACUCGUUUGCAAGUUGCAUCAUGUUUCCACAAACAGCACUGUUGGCAUGAUGUGAAGAGUUUGGCUCAAACCAUCAGCUCUUUAUUUCUCUUCAUGGAUGCUGCCUGACUUGCCGAGUUCCUCCAGCAUUUUGUGUCUGUUAUUGUGUUCAUGUUGACGUAAUUAUAUUUUUGCAAUCAG